GUAACAAGCAGAUUUUGUACACUCACUCACACACACACACACACACACACACACACACACACACACACACACACAUGCACACACACACACUUGAAUUUGGGAUUUUCCGUGUCCAGCCUUCCGACUAGCUCCCGGACUUUGGCGGUCCCGGAGAACACUUCUGCCUGAUAUUGAUUGUCCUGUCUGUGUGGAGACAGAUGAAUGCAUUAGUACCCAGCUCACCCUGCCACUGGAAAUAUAUUAAGUUCGUGUAUUAGGCACCCUGUCUGGUUACCAUGGCAAUGCACCAGGAGCAAGGGACCGAGGAGAUGGAGGCAGGCGGGAGGGGAUGAAUGGAUGGGGAGGAUGGGGGGGAUACAGGAUGUGAUGAGGGAGUUGACUUGAUUUGUGGUCCUGCUCUCUCUCCGUCUGUCACUUGUGUGUCCUCAUACCUCCUCUCCUUUUGCUUUUUCUCCUCUUUUCUUCAUGUUUAGAUUUGUCUGAACUCCUCCAUGAGGAACAUCUCUCUUCCUUCACCUGUCUGCCUCUAAUUUAGUCUCCUCUUUGUUUCUUCUUUGUUGUUAUUUCCUCCCAGCUCCGGCGUUUAUUUACUACAGUAAAUUUCGCUGGGGUUUUGUGUGAAAACGCCCUGUCUCCUUACACACACAGACGUUUAACUCGCUUUCCUCCUGCCCCUCUCUCUCCCACCCCUUGCCGCCGCCACCACCUCCCCUCCUUGGCUCACGCCAUCUCUGAGCUCUGCAGUAAAACUGGUGCAUCGAGGCAGCAGGAAAUGGGGAAUAGAGACAAUAGAACGGAGGAAAGAAGUACAGAAGGUGUUCUCCCAUCUCCUCAAACCCGAGCACGCUGAUAAAUCACGUUUUCUAAUGAGCUCAUUCAAUCCAGCCCCCACAUUCCCAUGCAUCGUCUGCAGCUGGAGCCACUAGAACUCCUGUCUGGUCACCAUGAGAGCAGAAUUUGAAUAAAAACAAACACCAUCCUGAGCUUUAGAGCACCUGCUGAACCAUGCUGUGGACUUUUUUGUGGUUUGUGGGUUUGCUGUGGCAUCCCUCUUUGAGCUGCUAUCAGUGCUUUGUUGAUGUGGAGGACAGUCUCCGGCUGUGCUGGGGCUACGUUCUGACUCAGUACCAUGUGAGAAAUGUUGAUGAGUGCUUCAGGCUGCUGGACCGCAUUUUCAACCUGAACCAGACCGUGAUCGAGGCUGGGAGAGUUGGUAAAGGCUUCGACACAAACCUCCAGCAGAUCCUGGACGCUGAGAUUCUGCCCCUGGCUGAGGAGUUUGACCAGAAGCUGAACGACGAGACGGUGUAUGAGACAAGGCUGCAGACAGCAGCAGACAAUUUCAUCGCAGCUGCCUCCAAACUGCCUAGAGUCUCUGGGUGUUUCCCUCCAUGUGGUUUUCAGAUCCUGGGUGCUGUGUACAACUGCAUCACCUGCCUGUAUGACUCGUGUGAAUUCCCUCUCGACUGUCCAGUUGAAGAAAUUGACAUUACGGAGAACAGCAGGAGCCGAAUGUGGUGCAAGGUACCUUUUGACCUCCCAAAUGAUGUAGAGGUGAUCUGGAGGUUUGCAGAAGAGGUCAAAACUCAGGAGAUGGAUCAGUUUAAGGAGGUGACUGCAGGAGUGGACACGCUCUACUCCAUCCCUUCAACCAGCCUCCACCAUCAGGGGACCUACCAGUGUGAGAUCUUCUCCGGCUCUCGCUCCAUUGUCAGACUCUACUACUACAUCUCAGUGACCCCCCAGCUUGUUGCAGGUCACACAGAGCUGCAGGAGAUAUUUGACCUGUCUCUGCUCCCAGGAGGCCAGUUACUCCCCGCGCCUGGUGCUUCUCCUCGCUCCUUCCUCCUCCUCCUCCCAUCUCUUCUCACCACCUGUUUGACCUUUUCACUGCUGCUGCUCUUCCUGUCCCUGUGGGUUCUGAUUUGGAUGUUAAAGUCAGAACACAAUCAUCCUGCUGAAGACUCAGAUGAAGAAGAAGAUUUAGAUGUUUGAGAGAUUUCAUGAUAAAAGCAGAAAUCCACCUGAAAACAUCCCAUCAGACUCCGAGUCUUUUCUGUGGAGAAUGACGUCAUAGUUUAGAAAAAAAAUCUGUGUUUAAAGAUUUCACCACUAGAGGACAGGAUCGACCCAGUGUGUGUAAAACUCCACUUUAUCCUGACAUGAAGCUCAAUUCUUUAGUACAAAAUUUAUUUUAUACAAAAUUAAACCUUUUUCCUGAUAACUUAAUAAAGAUUAUUUCUAAAUGUUCCACGUCUAUCACAAUUCUACAGUUAUCAGCUGUUUGACUUUCUUACUGAUGGUAUUUUGAACACGUGUACGACUGCAUUUUAUAAUGAUGGUUUGUUAGUAUAAAUGAUUUCAACCGCU